ACUUUUAAUAGAAAUAAAAUCGGCAAAAAUAUUAACCCUCUCUUUUCUCUCUCUUAUCCGCUCCUGUCCUGUCCUCUUCCUCUGUUCCGCCGCCGCCGUCACCCUCCGCCAGAUUCAAUCCUCUCAUCCGCCGCCGCCGCCGCUACCACCACUCAUUACCUCCUCCGCCUUGUAAGGUUUGCUAUUGGAAGCUUAGUACCUGAAGAGACUGGGGCUCUCUCUUCAAAUCAAUGUCGGAAGCUGAUAUGUCCAUCAUUAAACCUGAGAUGAUGAUGAAAUCUUAUAUAUGGCUUGAAACUGCGGAUGGAUCAAUCCAACAAGUGGAGCAAGAGGUUGCAAUGUACUGUCCCAUGAUAUGUCACGAAGUGCUACAGAAGGGUCUCGGUGCUGGAUCUUCUAAGAACUGUGCGAUUUCCCUUCCUCAGCGAGUCAAUCCUGCCAUGUUAAGCUUGAUUCUCGAUUACUGCAGAUUUCAUCAAGUUCCUGGACGUUCUAAUAAGGAGCGUAAAGUUCAUGAUGAAAAAUUCAUCCGGAUGGAUACAAAGCGGCUUUGUGAGUUGGCCUCAGCCGCUGACAGUUUGCAGUUGAAGCCUUUGGUUGAUCUUUCUAGUCGUGCUCUUGCUCGGAUUAUAGAGGGCAAAACCCCUGAGGAGAUACGUGAAAUUUUUCAUUUACCUGAUGACCUUACUGAGGAGGAGAAAUUAGAGCCUCUGAAGAACUUGAUGGAUGAUCCACGUAUCCGACUCUUGAAUAGAUUGUAUGCUAAGAAACGAAAGGAGUUGAAAGAAAGAGAAAAACUUAAGGGUAAAGAGGUUGAAGAACGAGUCGACGAGCGUUCUGUAGAUGACCUUUUAUCGUUUAUUAAUGGCAAAGAUCACAAGGUGGUAAAGACUUCCAAGAACAAAAAGAAGAACAAGAAAAGGAAGGAGCAUAAAAAUAAGGAUUCACAUAAAUUGCAUUCCAAGCAACAAGGUGUCCAAAUUGUUGAUGAGACUGCGUCCAGCUUGGGAGGGGUAUCUAACUUACCCAGUAUGGAAGAUGAUAUUUUUUCACUGCAGACCGACUCUGAAGAUGGUUAUGUAGAUGAUGGAAUGGAUCCAGUUUUGAAGGAAAUGCUUGAUAGGGAAGUAGAGGAUUUUGCUCGGAGAUUGAACUCAAGUUGGGUUCUAUCUUCAGGACAAGAAAGGCAGCCUGUGCACUUUUCCAUAAACGGCAAUGGAGCAACAAGGCGAUUAACAGCUAUAGAUGACUGAUGGGAGAGAUAGUUCAGUUUGCCUUCCAUUUUGAACAUUGAAGGUCCAGCUGCAGGACACAAAUGAAGCUGAUAACUCCUAAGCCCAAUGGCUGGAACAGUUUUGGUGAUCCCCCCCACAUUUAGAUUGUAAGCAAUUAGAGAGAGAGUGGUGUUCUUUCAUGGGUGUCCCCUCCUGUAAUAUAUUUGCUUUGUUAUUCUCAUAAACUGUUAAUCUUUCGUUGAUCCGAGAGUUUAGGAUGCAGUUUUGCUUCUCUUUUGAUCAACCUUUGUAUACCACCCUUUUUUAAUUAUUUAUUGGUUACCUUUCUGUA